AUGGCGAUGAACGCACAGCAUCCGCUUCCAGCAGCACUUCAGGGCGCUGCGGUCCUGCAGACGCCUGUGCAUUCACCACAACCCUCGCUUAGCUCAAUUUCGUCUCGCACACCAGUGCGGAAACUGACGCUCCAUGAAUAUCGGAGGCAGCAGGCCGCACCGAGUCCACCAGCCUCGAGCGAAGGGAAGCGCCUCAAACGGAAGCCGGCCACCAGCGAUCUGAGUACGACUGGGCGGUUAUCUCCCGUCUCAUCUCCGCCAAGAAGCAAUACGUCACUGUCAUUCUCUCCAACUUUCCGCCUGCAGCGGCCUGAAGACGACUCCGAGGCUUCAUUGGAGCACGGCUUGCUCUCGCCGUCCUUCAUUUCUCUACCUGCCACAUCGCAAAGUCCCUCGUUCCAUCCUGCAGAGUCUCCGUCGACAGACGAAGCUGAAAACUUCUACCGUUCCACCACCAGUCGUUUCCGAGACUUCAGCAAGUCCUUCAAGCCAAUCAAACACCUGCCUCGUCCCAGCCAGAUCAGCACCCGUCCUGCAAAUCCCUCACCCCUUCGCUCCGAGUCAUCAAGCAGCUAUUUAAGACCAAGUAUUGGUGGUCUCACUAGCUCGUCAACAUUCUCACUCUCAAGGUUUCCGCAACCUCCGCAGGCGGCAUAUGCGGAGCCUUCCUCCGAACGCGCACAGGAUCAAUUGCCUCACCGCGCGGCAUCUACCAGCGCAGUCGAGUCAGUCCAUCCGGGACCGACAGUCAAACCUACCAUUGUGCAUACUAGAGGCGCGUCGUUUGAUGUUGUCAACCCGCAUGCGUCCCUUAUUGUGUCUGACUUUGAGACUCCCGCAGAUCGUGAUGUGGAUUUGAUCGACUACUUCACUAACAACUCGUCCGAGAACUUGUUGUUGCAAGAGAACAUGGUAGCGCCAUCAGAAGGCGGUGAUAGGGAGUGGGUUGGCUCGCAAGGGAAACAAGGACCGGCGCGCGCCAUCUACGAUGAUUAUUCGGAAGCAUACGACUCGAUCGCACGCAACAGGCGCAGAAGCUCAAGGAGGCCCGCGCCUCUCGUAAACCUUCCUCUGCCUCCAGCCCCCGCAACUCUAAACCCGAGGACACCGCCACAUGCUAGGCUGGAAUCGGGGGAGCUCCUAGCUUCUCCGUCGCUCCGCUCAACCCCGAGUGUAGUUAGCGCAGCCACGUCGCCCAGCUUCAUGCAGAGGAUAUCGAGGGUCCUCCAGCGCAAGAAAGAGAACUCGAAGUCGUCCGGCUUAGCAAGUCCCGAAGAGGGACGAGAGAUGACUUUCCUGCCGGCACAGCCUACAUCUAUCUAUCAACCUCGUCUGUUGAGCAGCGUGAACUACUCAACGCCAGUCCUCGGUGCUGAUACUGAGCCAGAAAUCGAAGUGAGUCGUGAUGCUGCACGAGUCUCGAUGUCUGACGGCAAUCUCGCUCAGGGUUGCUACGAUGCCGAAUCUUUUUAUGCCUCUACCGCCGGCCACAGGGAUUCGGAGUCAAUGUACCCAUCAAGCCUCUUUCACCGCCGAAGUAUCCCGUGCGGAGCGAGGCCUAGCGAAACGGACUACGCGGAUGGGAUUGACAUAAGUUCAUACUUGUACGAGUUUGGAACUUCUACGCGCAGCAGUCAGAGGCUGUCUCGCCCCCUUCCGGACCAGUUCUUCCGUCAUCCCAACAUGGACAUCAGUGGCGGUCAAGAAAACAGCACCAUUGGGAGCAUCCUCAAUCAGUACGGGGACCAGAAUCUGUCACAAGCCUCGUUGAUGGAUCUUAUGAAUGCUGUUGAUGACGAUCCUCCCGGACUGGACCAUACGCCGGGAAAUAGCGAUCACCAACUCAUCACCCGGUCGUCUGGUCUUAGUCAGCUCGACUUCGGAUUCAAUCGCGGGAGCAACCACAGCAGCACGAUAUCCAGUCCACGGACUCCAGAUCAGACAACUUUCCUUCCGAAUAGGCUGAGGCCUUCCCGAAACCAUCCCGGGACACCGCCAACCGUCCCGCUACCUCUUGGUCCUCCAAUCAACUUUGAGGCUCCUCGUCCGUUCUUCGUGAUGCCAAACUUGUCUGUUGUUUCUGAACGGUUCUCUUCCUACGGAGACACCCGGAAUCUACUGUACCCGCCGUCGCAGCAGUUUUCCUUGGAUGAUCUGCAGCCGUCUGGCGUGGCCAAUCGUUCGAGCAAUGCUCGGUCGGCUGUAGCAUCUUCUACAGCGCUGCCUUCGCCAAGAAUUCAAGAGCCUAUCCAAGCACAAGAAACCGGAACAAAGUUUGUAAAUCCGGAAAAGACCCGCAAACCUCGACCAACAAGCACUCAUAGCGACACCGCGCUUGCUGUUCAUUACACCCGCGUACCGGCGCUGAAGAGAAGUCAAACUGAGAUCAGACGGCGAAGCCAGCGUGCAAUUGACCGCAUCGUCGGCGCGGAGCUUGAGCUUGUGGGUCAAAACAAUACGAAGAAUCGACUUAGUGGGAGCUUCAUAUUGGUCAGCAAUACCAGUACUCCUCGAGAUGAAGGUAAACUGCCUAUACCACUUGACAUCACGCCUCGCUACAAUGCCGUCGAAAUCGAAAGCGGUUCACCUGGCGAGACGAAUGAGGCCGAACUGGACUUUCCCGCGGCUUCGAUAGACAGGCCAUCUUCGGGUAUCCCGAAGAUGUGGAGGAAGUUGUCUCCAGUCCGAGCAUCAUGGAGCAAGGACCAGUCGCCUGGCAAGGAUUCGUACGCUGAUGUUGAUGAUGAAGGCGAUGAGCACGAUUGGGAGACUGUCAUGGAUCCGAGUCGCCCUGACUUGAAACGCGAGGACACCGACUUCACUACUGGCGAGCCGUUCAGUCUUGAGGGCCUCGACCGCUCCAGGGACUUUCCGAGUCAACUUGGCGACCAGGAAUCCGAGAAUGGCCGUACAAACCCUCCAGAUGCUGGUUCGGGCCAACAAACUUUGCAGCCUUCGUACGACUUCAGAGGCGGAGUCGGCUUCCCCCAUUAUCAUGCAUUGACUGCCGCGCCGAGCACCAGAAACCCUUGGCGGCAACCUUCGCCCCUACCUGCCGAGCAUAUCAAUCCUUUCAGCUCUUCCCCACCGCAGAUGAGCUUGAGCCCAGAGACAGGCCGUGCUGCAUUUCAUUCUAGAGGCGAUGGCAUCUUCACCCCUACAGGCCAACGCACGGCAUUCGAUACUGACAUGGGAUUGCUGGAAUCCCUCAGGCUCACGCCACAGCAAGAGCAAGCCUUUCUGAGCUCAGGUCCAUGCGACUCUAUCCUAAUAGACAACAACCAUUACCUGCAAUCGCCGUUGGAGAGCAAAGCCAGCGCAGCAAGCCAUUCUCCUGAUCAUUCCGAGGAUUCGUCCAACCCGGCCUUUCCAGCAGUGACGGCUUCGAGUGACUUCGCACUGAAGCGCGACAACUCCUUCGAAAAGCUGGCCUUCCUUGGUCCGAGAGGGAACCUGACCGGUACACCUGAGGGAACUGGUAUGCGUGAUGCGGGCAGUAGUCUGGCCGAUACGAGCAGUCCUUUAAUGCCAUGGGCCAGUACGCCAUUGCGGCCACCUUUCACGAGCUCUCCGCUCACGCAAUCUCAACUGCAGUCAUCGCCUCCGUCUCAGUUCUCUCCGGCUCAAGGACCAGAUCGUGCCACUUCCGGACACUCGUCUAAUCCUUCAGAAACGUCCGUGUAUUCAGAAGAUGAGGCUCACAGGCUGAGCAAGCAGCGACUGUUCCAGCACAGACUCCAACCAAGCCGUGAUAGACGCACGUCGCUUCUGUCGCCAAAGCUUACAGGAGGGAAGCGCACAUCGGUUAGAGGACAAACAGGACUCCGUGAGAUGCGCCUCGCCUCUUCCCAUCUAUCGGAGAAGGGCAGCAUGGUUCCCAGCGACCAUACCCGUCUCUCUCACUUCGUACCUGCAUCAGAAUGCGGCACCGACGCGCCACUCCACCCUGUCUACACAAACCGGCCUCGCGAAUUCAUUCUGCCUCGGAGCCAAGUCAGCCCGCAUAUCCUACCAUACCCUCGCCCUGCAUCUUCUGUUUACACCGUCCACCGCAGGAGGAAACAGCGCCUUUCUUGGCUCAUCUUUGUGAUGCUGAUGUUCUUCCCGCCGUUUCUUGUCCUGUAUGGAUUCGGCAAGUUCGACUGGCUUAUCAUGAGCUUUUCCAAGGGCGAGAUCCAGCACUGCGGGCGCUAUCAGAAGAAGGUUGCGCUCUGGACAGGCGUUGUGGCGAGCUUGAUACUGCCGGCUGUGGCGAUUGCGCUGUUGCUGAUGUACCACUUCGGUCUAUUCAGAGCUUGA